GGUGGAGCAUGUAGCUAAAUUUAAGGGUGGAAUGGUCAAGAAGGACGUAGGGCAGACCCUCUAAACUUGACGAAUCGCUUAUCGAUCUAUCCCUUGUUACUCUUGUCAGGUUGGUUAGCAAAAAGAGGUGAAGAUGCCGGAUACUGAUGAAAUCGAGCGUGGCUCGGCCGCUACGCCAGAGGAUUUCGUCAAGGCCCUCGAGAAAAGGGAGUUGGCACGACUUCAAGUGUCGAAAGUGAACAUCUUUCAUUUUAAUGGGGACAGAGUACCCGAGUGGCUGGAGCUGCUGGAGCAGGUUACGACCGAGGUGCCUGAGGCAGAUAAAUUCAAGUUCCUGCCCAGGUACGUCUGGUGGGAAACUCGGCCCGAGGUAAUGAAGGUGGCUGCUAGAGAAGAAGGAGACUGGGCUAAGUUCAAGGCAGAAAUGCAGAGGCGGUUCAAGUUAGGGGAUGGCUUGUUAACGAAGACGGACUUGGAGAUGUUGCAGCGAGACGAGUUCUCCACGGUGGGAGCCUUCGCGACGACAUUUGAAAAGAUGGCAAAGAAAGUCCCAGGGUUGGCGGAGGAGGAACAGUGUGCCACUUUCUUGGGGCACUUCAAGAAUUGGGAGGCCUCAUCGCUAACCAAGAAGGCUGCGCCAGGAAAGAAGCUGACUUGGGCCGCCAUAAAGGAGGGCGUGAUAGAAGGAGAACUGGACCAAGUAGACAUCUUCCAAAUGCGACACGCUAGGAAGAAAAGAAAGGCCUUGGACGCCAUGACGAGCGACGAGCGGGACUUUAAAACACUGAUAGAAGAUGCAGUGGCCCAGCUCGAUGCAGAGAAGGAGGCGAAAAAAAAAACUAUGGCGGCACCACAGACCCAAGGUAAAGCAAAGAAAACGGUGGUGCCGGAGGAAGAAGAAGAGGAAGAGGAAGAGGAGCCGGAGCCACAGAAGUUGACAAAGGCUCAAAGGAGAGCAAGGAAUCUGGCUCAAGGGGGGCAAGGCUCAGGGAAGGGCCGGGUCCCACAAGCGGUAGCCAUGCCGCCCCCUGAGUCACCCAGAAAGGCUGCACAAACACACUGUGGGCCAUGGCCACGUUGUGGACCCUCAAGUCAUUGGCAUGGGCACUGUUCAUACGCCCCAUGGCCAAUGAGUGGGCCGCAUGGGUCAUGUGCCGGACCACCGAUGAGCACAGCUUCCUGCGGCUGCCCGGGACCCCAAGCUCAGCAGGUGAGUCACCCAAACCAACCGCCUAACCAACCUCAGCAGUCAGCCCCACAAGGAUCGCAAGGCAACCAAGGUGGUGGACGUGGUCAGAAUCAAGGAUGGGGCCGAGGGCGAGGGAAUGGUGGUCGAGGAGGAAAUGGCAGAGAGAAUGGUGGCGGUAACGCUUCAGGUAGCGGAAACGAGGGUUGGACGGCAUCUGGGAAUCAAGGCGGUCAAGAGGGUGGAAGAGGUGCCGGCAGAGGGAGGAUAGACUGGAGAAAUGCCAUUUGCUGGCAUUGUGGGCAGAAAGGCCACACUAUCAAGUUCUGCCACGUCAGGAGGAACGAUGAGGAUGAGGGUUUGAUUAGCACUAACUACGAUGGGGACAUGUACGAUAAGUGGGGGUAUUACCUUGACCCAAAGAUCCCAGGCGGUACGAGGAAGGAGGCUCUACGACGAGCCGAGGCCGGCGAACCACCCGCGCCUCCAGCCAUGUUCCGGAUAUGGCAGGGGAUAAAGGUUCGCAGUGACAUCAGGAUAGAGGAAGUUGGAGAGAGCGACGAGGUGGGGCAAGAGAGGAAAGUCGGCGCUACUGAGGCGGAACCCAUUAUAAUAGAGUCAGACGAUGAGAUUGAAGAGGACUGCUGGAAUAGGCCACGACAUGCGGAAACCGGGGAGGAUUAUUGAAAGACGGUCCGGCAAACGAUGGAGAUAAUGGAGGACCUAAUGGACAAAGUCGGGAGAUACCAACAAAAGCUGGUUGAUAUG